AUGCCAUAUCUUCAGGAUUUUAGGUCUCUACUGGCCGGAAUAGACUUACACUGGUUCAUAAUCAUAUCUUUCACGACAGGCAUCAUAAUAAACAGAUAUAUCGUAUGGUCUCGCCUUCGCCAUAUUCCUGGACCACGAUUUGCUUCAUUUUCGAAAGUAUGGAUGUUACGGGCAGCAUUAUCUGGAAGAAUUCCAGAAGUACUGAAUGAUGUCUGUGAAACAUAUGGGCCAAAUGAUCUUAUUUGUAGUGAUCCAGAUGUCAUUCGACGCAUGAGUACCGCGAAGUUGGGAUAUCGAAGAUCAAAGUUUUAUAGCUCUUUCGCUUUCAAUCCUGAUCGAGACACCAUGUUAUCGACUACAGAUGAGGAAAUUCAUACCCAUUUGAAAACCAAAACCGCUGCGGGUGUAAGCUUUUACUUUCAAAUUCCAACCACAAGGAUCGCCGGUACAGACACAACGGCCACAGCAACUCGGGCUAUGCUACUUCACAUCACGACCUCACCAACUUGCUACACGGCCUUCCAAGCUGCUAUAGACGAGGGUGUCAAAAAUGGCAAAAUAUCUUCCCCAAUUACUGACGCUGAAGCAAAAGAACUUCCCUACUUACAAGCAGUUAUCAAGGAAGGACUCCGAAUGUUUCCUGUUAUUGCUGGUCUCCUCCCGAAAACCGUACCCGAGGGUGGCGAUAUCAUCAGUGGUUUUGAAGUUCCAGGUGGAACAGAUAUUUCACUCUGUUUAAUUGCCAUCACACAUUCAAAAGCUACUUUUGGACCAGAUGCAGAUAUUUUCAGACCGGAAAGGUGGCUUGAAGUUGAUGAUAAUGACAAGUUGAGAGAAAUGAAUAUCACUGCCGAUUUAGUCUUUGGUUCAGGGAAAUGGUCAUGUUCAGGAAAGAAAAUAGCUAUGAUGGAAAUGAGCAAGGUUCUUGUGGAAGAGAUUCGAUAUUUCCUUGGUAAACCCCACCAAGCCAUGGAAAUCAUUCAGUGCUGGAGCAUACAUACAAUCUGA